UACUCCAUUGCUCUGGUGAAGCCAAGAUGAAGCUCACAAUUGUCUUCGCUGGACUUCUUGGAGUCUUCCUGACCCCAGCCCUUGCUUCCUCCGAUAUCAACAUUGGCGGGAACAGCAACAGCGGUGCAAGUGGGCAACAGUCCGUGAGCGUCAACAAUGAGCAUAAUGUGGCCAAUGUGGACAAUAACAACGGAUGGGACUCUUGGAAUGCCCUGUGGGACUACAGCAAUGACCUUGCUGCAAUCAGACUCUUUGGCAAGAAGAAAUGCGUUGUGCACAGAAUGAACAAGAAUGUCAUGCCCUCUCUUCAGACUCUUGACACGCUGGUCAAGGAAAAGAAGCUUCAGGGAAAAGGACCAGAAGGACCACCUCCCAAGGGCCUGAUAUACUCAGUUAACCCUGAAGAAGUCAAAGACCUAAACAAAUUAGGAAAACCCAUCGCUAACAUGUGCAGGGGCGUUCCAACAUACAUGGCCGAGGAGAUUGAAGGAGCAAGCCUGUUCUUUAAUUCAGGAAAGUGCUUCAGUGCUGGGAUAUUAUGGAUUCUGAACAUUUCCUUCUGUGGCAGUACAGUGGAGGAUUAAAAAACAUUUUUGGAACACCUGGGGGCUCAGUGGUUGAGCGUCCACCUUUGGCCCCGGCCAUGACCCCGGGGUCCUGGAUUG